GGAGCUAGGGGCACAAUGAGCCCAGGCCAUUGGCACCAACGACCCGCAGGUCACAGAAGGGCAGAGACGACCUCCGAGGAUGGCUGGGCUGCUGCCCUCCAGGGAAAGGAAUGGGGUCGGCCCCCUCCUCUACUUCUCCCCUUCCUCCUCCCUCCUCCUUCCUUUCUCUCCCCCUCCCCAUCUCCUCUCAGACCACGAGGUGUCCUACUGGGCGGGGGAGGGGGUGUGGCUGUCCCGCCCAAUCGGAGACGUUCGCGUCCCGACCAGCCAAUCGGAGCCUCGGCCCGCCCCGCGACUGGACUCCGGGCCCCAGUCCAGCUCCUUUCCCCCCAGCCCGGCCCGGAGCUAGCGAUCGGUUUCCCCCCCUCCGUCCUGCGCCGGGGCCCCUCGCCGAGUGAGCACCUCCACCCCUCACGCCGCCCCUGGGACAGCCGCCGGGCCUUCGCCAGACAGGUCCGUCUGCCGAGCCCUCGAGCAACCUCCCCGGGAAGGGUCCCCCGAUCCCCAACCACGCAGUCCCAGCCCGGCCGGCCGCCUAGGCCUUACCUGGAGCUGGACACCAGCCUGCCCGCCGCCCGGCUGCCCAGCGGCCUAAGCCAGCGCCUGUGCGCGGCGGCCGCGGCCGUGCUGGGCAAGCCCCAGGACAGAGUCAAUGUGACCGUGAGGCCAGACCUCACCAUGAUCCUGAGUGGCUCAGGGGAUCCCUGUGCCCAGCUCAUUGUCUCCUCUAUUGGGGUGGUUGGCACAGCAGAGGAGAACCGGGACCACAGCGCCAAGUUCUUUGAAUUCCUCACCAAGGAGCUGAGCCUGAGUCAGGACAGAAUUAACAUUCGGUUCUACCCCUGGAGACCUUGGCAAAUUGGCAAGAAAGGCACAAGUGAUGACGUUUCUGUGAGCAGCCCAGAGAUGGUGCUGAUGGACCAGUGGGGUCUCUGCCCACACGGACACAAACCAAGGAUUCUCCUUAGGGCAAGCAGAAUAAAAGGGAGCCCUGUGUUUGCUUGA